AUGAUUGAGGUACCGGUAAAUUCUAAUUCAGUCUAUAUACCUGUUGUUCGAACUGGAGGUUUUAAAUCAGAAUUUGAUUCAACAUAUCCAGUUCGUCUUAAUGGAAUAAUUAAUCAAAAUGAAUUUGAAGAAUCAAUUUAUAAAAUUAAUAAUGUACCUGCUGAACGUAAAGCUUUAUUAAUUGUAGGCAUUAUUUUUAUUUUGAGUAUAAUAAUUGGUUUAAUAUUAUUUAUUGUUGGUGGAGUAACAGCAGCUAAUUCUUCUGGACGCCGUGGAUUUCCUGCAUUAAUUGGUGUUGCAAUAGGUAUAACUAUUUUUGGAAUAAUUUUUUGUUCUAUUGCAUUUCGUAUUCUACUAUCUCGACGUCGAGAUAAUAUACGACGAGUAAUUGCAGAAGAAUCAAGAAAAUAUUCUUCUCGAUCACCAAUACCAUGUAGCUGGAGAUUAGAUACUAAAACAACUUAUGCUGGAUAUUAUGAAAAGCAACAUAGAUUUCGAGUAGUUUAUCAAUUAGCCAUAGAUAUUGGUCAUUCUAUUGCUCCUGGAAGUGUAUCGUAUCAUCGUAAUCAAAUUGCUCCAUAUCAAACAAUAGCUCCUGGUGAACAAAGUAACUAUGCACCUCCACCUUAUCCUGGACAAUCAACAGGAUUUUGUCCUCAAUGUAAUGCACCACGACAAGCUCCCACAAGUCAAUUCUGUUCAUCAUGUGGACAUUCAUUUAAUAAAUAUUAA